AUGCUGUCCAACUUCAUCUCCUACCUCAAGGGCCAGGAGAGCGUCCCCGGAGAAGCUAAGCUGCUCCGGAAGCUGGACUGCUUCAUCCUGUCCUUCUGCUGCCUGUGUUAUUUUGCCAAUUAUCUGGAUCGCACCAACCUGUCCAAUGCCUAUGUGUCCGGCAUGAAGGAGGAAUUGAACUUCCAAGGAAAUCAGCUCAACGUGAUCAACACCAUCUUCACCGUGGGCUAUAUUAUCGGACAGGUUCCCUCGAAUCUAGCCCUGACCUAUGUUCGACCGCGCAUCUUCUUCCCGACCAUGAUGGUCAUCUGGGGCGGAUUGACCAUGAUCACCGCCGCGGUGCAUAACCCCCAGGGCAUCAUGGCCAUCCGGUUCUUCCUCGGGCUGGCUGAGUCCAGCACCUUUGUAGGAACGCACUAUAUCCUGGGAUCCUGGUAUACGGAAAAGGAGCUGGGGAAGCGAAGUGGAAUCUUCACGGCGUCCGGGCUCGCAGGGACGAUGUUUGGCGGUUUCAUUCAGACCGGCAUCAACUCUUCUCUGCAUGGCGCCAGAGGGCUCUCUGGUUGGAGAUGGCUAUUCAUAGUCGACGGACUGAUCACCAUCCCCAUCGCCAUCUAUGGCUUCUGCCUCUUCCCUGACACUCCUACCACGACUAAAGCGCCAUACCUGUCCGCUGAGGAGCGCGCUCUCGCCAUAGCCCGCAUCCCAGAGGCCGGAGUCGUCAAAGUGCCCCUGAACCUCGCGUUUGUCAAACGCGUCUUCAGCGCCUGGUAUUGGUAUGCAUUCACCAUGCUGUGGGUGAUUGCCGGCGAGACCGAGUCCUUCUCGACCAACUCUCUCCUGGCCCUGUACAUGAAGUCGCAUCCAACCAAGAAGUACACGGUCGCCCAGCUCAACAACUAUCCCACCGGUAUCCCCGCCGUCGGGAUCGUCUCGACCUUGUUCUGGGCUACGCUGACCGACUUCUUGGGUGGCAAGCGAUACCUCGUGGGUUAUUGGAUAGGCAUCACCGGGAUCGUUACCUCAGCCAUGAUCCUGACCCGGUUUGACUCCACGGCCGUCGUCUUCGCCGCCUAUUACUGGGCAGGCUCGGUCUACGCCUGUCAGGCCACCUUCUUUGCGUGGUGCAAUGACGCGAUGCGCUACCAAGACGACCGCCUACGCUCUGUGGUCAUUGCCAGCAUGAACGCGGGCAGUAAUGCUGUCAACGCCUGGUGGAGUAUUCUAUUCUACUCGGCGACGUUCGCGCCCAAGUUUGUCAAGGGAAUGUGGGCAAUGAUUGGGUGUUCGAUUGCCCUGGUUAUCUGGACCUCGGGCAUUAUCUACAUGACGGUCAGGGCCGAGAGGAAUCGUGAAGAUCGUGAGCUUGGUCCCGGGGAGUUGGACGUGAAACAGCACGCUGUGGAGGCGUAA